AUGAAAUUAUGUAUUUUUAUUUUUUUGCUCACUAUACUUCUUGUACUAGCUAAUGGGAGAUAUAUUAAAAGUAGUAAAUUAAAAGAAGAUCUAGAACCUUUUGUAAUAAAUCCAGUUCAAGAUUAUGAUGAGUUCAGUGAGAAUUUAAGUCCUAGUCUACUACAAAGAAAAUAUUUUAAUUUUAGUUCCAGAAAUAAUAUAUUUGAAAGAUUAAGUCAGUUAAACAAACUUAGAACCAAAUCUACACCUAGAUUAAAUACAAAAAAGUUACUAUCAAAAAAUAGUACUAGGUCUCAGAAAUUAGUAAUGCCCAUAGAAGCAGAAAAUAUACCAUUAACAAGAAAAUCUUAUAACAUGAUCCCUGAAAAAAUUGAUGAUAGUUUGCAUAAAGCAAAUAUUCCUAGUGAAUACUUUGCAAGAAUUGAUGCAGAUUAUAUGAGAAAAAAAGAGCACGAAGAUAUUCAACGUGAAAUUGAAGCAGAUUACUCAAUAUUAGAUGAUGAUAAUGAAAUUGCAAUUUUGGAUGAUCAACAGCUUUACAAAACUUUCACAGAAACCGGAGAUUUAAUUAGAAAGAGACCUGCACUCAUCACUAAGCCUAGAAGAGUUAAUAUUAAAGAUAUGCCAGAAAGGAAAGAUUUAGAAGCGUCGGAAGAGUUAGAAUUUAUUGAAACAAGUGAAGAAAUAAAACAACUACGUGAGAAUAUUGGGGGUCCAUUAAUUAGGAUGAAAAGACCUUUAUCUGAUCCACUAGCUGAUGAAGACAUGGUCUCAUAUGAUAUGCCACUCGGCUUUACCCCUCAAGGCCUUGAAGAUUUAGUAGGGGAAUAUUUUUGGGGAGAUUUUGGUGAGUAUGAUUACAAAACUGAAUUGGAAGCUGACAAGAAGAAUAAAAAAUUUGGAUCUGCUCUAGUUUUUGAACACUUUUUUGUUAAAUAUCCUUAUUUUGAUGUCAUAUCUGGAAUUAAGUCACGUGAAAAUGUGGCUGAAGAUUUACAUCUUGCUAAGGAUUUCGAAUAUUUUGUGGAUAAAGAGUUUAAAGAUCACACAACAUUUGGAAGUCAGAAUCCAGUACUCAUAAGUCCAAAGAGACGUCCCUUCUCAGUUAUGAGAGCAACUUCAAAGAGAUUUCAAAAUAUUUUUUGCAAAAGAAAGAAGAAAAAAAUUAUAGACACCAAGAAUGAGGAUGUUAAAAGACUCUUAAUUGAAUCUGAUGAUGCAAUAGUUGAAGAGUACCCAUUACUAAUUAUGUAUCCAGUAUCAGGUGUAAUUACUAAUAUUAAAAAAGAAAUUACUAAAGUCAUUCCAAAAGCAGAAAACACCUUAGUAGAUGAACUUUAUAAAGAAGCUGAGAUGACAGAUAAAUCUUCCUCUUAUUUAUUUGAUUACACUAUAUCAAAAAAAUUAUUUCCUGAACUGGCUUUUGAUGAUAUACCAAAUAUUGAAGGGAUACCCAUUGAUGAUAUUUAUAGAUACUCAGUAGUUGGAGUAAUACCGGGUAUAUCAGAGUUUGAAUCAACUAUAGAUAGCGUGAGAAGAGAAUUACUAAUUCUGGAAAAUAAUCAAGCUAAAGUUAAAGAUGAUAUAGAUUCCAAACUUGUCCGUAGGCAUCCUAAACGCAAAGGACUACCACCAAUGCAAGCAACGGACGAAGAGUUUGAAGAAUGGGAAAUGAUGCAAGAAGAAAAAGAUCUCCAAGAUGAAUAUGACAAGUUUAAUCGUCGAAAAAUUAAGCUUGAAAAAUUACCAACUACUCCUCUUUUACUACCUCCUAAGUUAGAGGUUCCAAGUACAGUACCUAAGCAAAAAGGACGUGUUGUUAUAUCAGAAGACGAGGCUCAACUUCUAAUAAAAAGAGAAAAGGAAAUACUACCUUUAAUAAUGAAAAAAACAGAUGAUGAAAUUCGGGAGAAAAAACUAAGGCAUAUGAGGUCAAUUAUAAAUAGAGGUAAUGCAAUAACAGCUCAACUCAAAAAUGUCCCAGAAUCUCUAAAUAUAGAGAGAAAAAAUAAAAAGUUUAUAUUAGAUGAGAAUCAAAAAGAAACUGAUAGUAGACUUGAAAGACCACAUACUGUUGCAAUGACUCAUAUUGAUACAAGAUUAAAAAGUGAAUUUAAUCAAACAUCUAAAUAA